CGUGGAAGACUUUCUAAAUCCCAAACCCCAUCUGGAGUACAUCUGUGCCUCGCUGGUGCUUCAGAUGAACUCGGACUGUAAUGCACACACAUGUGAGGGAUUGAGACACAUGCCUUACAUAUGAGAGAGAGAGAGAGACAGGCGAAUGAAACGAGCUGCUAAAGAAAGUGAUUUACCUUGUUUGGAAUAAGACGCAAACAAGAGUGGACGAUCGCAGAGAGAAGUCAGUGGAGAGAAGGUUCCUGCCAUGCCCGGUUCGCCAGUGGAUGGAAAGACUCAUUCCAGACCAAACGUCUCCGCGAUGCCCCCUCUACCCUCAGUCAACCCUAGCGGACCUCGACCUGCGGCGUUCUCCACCACUGCAUUGACCAAUGGGAUGAAUCAUUCCCCGCCCACCCUCAAUGCCAUUCCCUCGCCACCUCAACGCUACAGCAAUGGGCCUUCAUCGUCAUCUUCCUCCUCGCUGGCCAAUCAGCAGCUUCCGGCGACCUGCGGCGCUCGACAGCUGAGCAAACUCAAGCGAUUUCUCACCACGCUACAGCAGUUCGGCAACGACAUCUCACCUGAGAUCGGAGAGAGCGUCCGGAACCUCGUGCUCGCUUUGGUGAAUUCGACAGUUACCAUCGAAGAGUUUCAUUCCAGACUGCAAGAGGCAACAAACUUCCCCUUGAGACCGUUCGUCAUACCGUUCUUGAAGGCUAACCUACCCUUACUGCAGAGGGAGCUGUUGCACUGCGCUCGGGCCGCUAAACAGACUCCAGCACAGUAUCUGUCCCAACACGAACAUCUGCUGCUCAGCACCACCGUACCAUCACCUGCCGACUCGACCGAACUUCUGCUGGAGCCCAGUGAUGCCACCAAACGACACAGUCCCAACAGAAGUAAAGAAAACGGUUUAUACGAGCGCCCGCCCGCGACCCUGGAGCCUCCAGCCAAACGAAUCUGCACUAUUAGCCCGGCCCCCAGACACAGCCCCGCCCACCCACUUCAGCUCCCCAACCAGAUCCACCCGACCCCGCCCCCUCUCCAACACUACGCCCUGGAUGACAUCACCACCCCUCACCUGUACAGAGAACCGCACCGCAUACUAGAACUGAGGGAACUGAAGGACAAACCGCGACUGCAAGGCAGUAACGGGAGUUACCGUGAGGAACCUGUCGAUCACAGACUGACCGAGAGAGAAUGGGCUGAAGAAUGGCGACACCUUGAUCAUGUGUUAAAUUGCAUCGUGGAUAUGGUGGAAAAGACACGGCGCUCCGUGAGUGUCCUGCGGCACUGUCAGGAGUCCGACCGCGAUGAGCUUAAUUACUGGCACCGACGCUCCAACCAACACGACGACGGACGCAAGAACGGAGCCGCGGCAGGGAACGCACCCUUACUCAAAACACACAGCCCUCUGUCUGCAGUCAACUCAGACUGUCAGAGGGAAGUCCCGCUGCGUGCCGGCUCUGGCUACGUGCCUGAUGAGAUCUGGAGGAAAGCCGAGGAGGCGGUGAACGAGGUCAAGCGGCAGGCGAUGGACGAGGUUCAGAAGGCCGUGGCCGAGGCGGAGCAGAAAGCGUUCGAGAUGAUCACCGCUGAGAGAGCGAAGAUGGAGAAGACGCUCACCGAGGCCAAGAGAAAAGCCACUGAAGACGCCUUACAGGUCAUCAACGAACAGGAAGACUCGAGCGAGUGUUGUUGGAACUGCGGCCGUAAAGCCAGCGAGACCUGCAGCGGAUGCAACGCGGCCCGUUACUGCGGCUCCUUCUGUCAGCAUAAAGACUGGGAGCGACACCAUCUCAUCUGCAGCCCGGGUCUCCAGGCCCAGCCCAAACCCAUGUCCGCUCUGAGCGCUCGGAUGCUGGCCAAAGCCCCUGAGAGCGGCCUCAUCCCGAGCCCCAUCCCGGAGAAAACCUCCAGCACCUCGCGAGCGUCCACACCGCCCACUCCCGCGUCCUCCUCCACGCCGGACGCCAACGGACACUAGCACAAAGUCGUCAGAGCGACGGGAUCGUGGCGAUGCACCUCAAAUGAGCAGAUAUUCUGAUUCAGGGUAUCUGUUGGAAAACUCGCCAAUAAGAGACGAUUUUAAGUCUCUCCGCGCUGGAUGUGACGAAUCCACGAAAAGCACGUACAGCACAUUCAGAGGCAUGGGUCCAGUGUUUGGCAUCGCUUUUUGUGCCCCGCUCGCUUGUUUGGUACAAAACACGACAUGUGAUCGAAUCAACCAGCACAAAUGUUUUCUGUGUGUGUUUGUAUGUGUAUGUGUGCAUGCGUGUUGGGUUUCUGCUUGGAAAUACAGGUUCAAAGCAAUAUUAAACACAAUGCCAAGUGAUCAUUGAUUGACCAAAGCUAUCAAUGCUGUGACAUGUUCAUAUUUAGUUUCCUUCUCAAUGACUUAAGACAGUUUAUCAAUAUUAUAUAACAAGAUGAUCAGAACUUAGAUGGAAAUCAGGUACGUCGAUACGUCACAUACUGAUGUAUGUGUGCUAUAUGUAUAUAUAUUAUAUGUUAAGUGUAGCUACCAAACCUGGGUCUAACUGACCGUCUCUAUCAGGGUCCAUACGCACAUUAAACAUUAAAUUCUAAGCAUAAAAAAGGACAAAGAGGAUGCAAUUAAUUUAACACCACUUUCUAAUUCGACCCAACAAAAGCAUGUAUGAAACCGCUCAGUGUUCUGGUGUUGUGACACAAUCUCAGGAGGAUGUUAUAUGUAAAUACUUACAUUUCUUUCCACAUUCGGAGUCAAACAAGGGUUUGUUCUUUAAUUUCCACAUUGAUGUCUUCAACCACCUUGUGUAGAAUUUAACGGCGCGAGAGAAUCUUUAUUUUGUGAGCUACUUUUGUGACGUUCAUUGUUUUCAAAAUUCUUGAAUAUUAAGUAGGCAUUCAGACAAUAAGUAAAUAAAUAAAUAAAGGAAUGAACACUAU